AGGGGCUACUGGCUCAAAAUAUUGGAAUAUCUUUAGUCUGUACAUGGAAUUCAAUCUAGGUUCAUUGAAUGUGCAUAAAUCUUGCUCGCUUAGAAGAAGUUGAGGGAUAUGGUGCUGACAAAUGUCCUAGACGCCACCGGUAUAUCAAUUCUUGUCUCUUCUGAUAAUAACAAAAAAACGAAAAUAACAAAAUAGGAUCUGCAGGUGCCUGGGCGUAGGAUAUCUGGAGCUCAUAUAUUGGAUAAUGCCAGCUCCCAAGGUCAUUAGUAGGACGGAAAUAUGGAUAGAGGCAUGGAACUCCUCCUUGUGAUUGUUGCCGGCGCACUUACCUUCGCUGGUGUAAAUUCAGAAUGCCUUUCGCCAAACGCUACCUGUACCAACUGUACCUCAAGCCCCGACCUAACCGGUGGAGACUCAUUCCCAGUAAAUUCUUACAUAACAUGGACGUGCAAUGAUGGAUUUACAUUGGAUGGUGAUGCUGAUGCAAUUGUUUGGGUUUGCACAGAAGAUGGGGAAUGGCUGGGUGACGAACCUAAUUGCACAGCUAUCAUGUGCCCAAGUCCUCAAAUUCCGGCAAAUGGGCUGAUUGAACAAGGGACUCAGAAACAAUUCUACUCACCGGGCGAUAUAAUCCAAUAUGCCUGCAAUGCAAACUACUACUCGAAUGACACAGACCUAACCAGCACCUGCCUUUUAAAUAGUUCUUGGUCCAAUGUGGAACCAUAUUGUUCAAUCAAUUGCAGUAAUAGUCAAAUGUCUUUUCCGGAGAGAAAUGCAUGCUUUGAAGUAGCUUCUGAUGGAAGAUCAUGGUUUGACGCAAAGAGUAACUGCGAAAUUGAAGGAGGCUUCCUGGCUCUUGUUAAGGAUAAUGAAACACAACAUUUUCUCACAACAAAUUUAAUGAGUCUCAAUGAACAGUGCUGGAUCGGUGGAAAGGCAGGGAGGAGCUGGAAGUGGAGGAGUGAUGGUAGAUUCAUAGCUCGACUGUUUUGGAAUGACGGAGAGCCAGGCGCCAAUGAGCAAUGCAUUGAGAUCCGGGAAAAAGACUUCCAAAACGACUGGAAUGACGAAACCUGCACCAAUUUCAUUGGGAAGGGAUACAUUUGCCAAUUUAGUAGUUCUGAAUGCUCUGGAAAUUCAACAGAUCCACAAGUUCACAAAGUUCUGUACCGCAAACACUGCUUUCAUUUUUUCGACAACCAAUCUUCGUGGGAAGAUGCGGCUCAAAGCUGCGAAGAUAAGGGUGGGUACCUGGCUGAAAUAUUGGACAGGAGCACUCAAGAUUUCAUAUCGGAGAUGGCGAUAAACACUUUCGGAGAUAAGCAGUGGUGGAUAGGUGGCUAUGAAGAUGGGGAUCCAAGAUCGUGGUACUGGGAAGACAACACCAGGAUUUUAACAUUCCAGUGGGCCAGUGGUGAGCCUAACAACAUCGAUAAUCAGGAAGAUUGCAUUGAGCUUUCGAAUUCUACCGACCUCAAAUGGAACGACGAAAACUGUAUCAGCCUAAGACCUUCGCUCUGCCAGUUUGGUUUGCCAAAGUGUGGGGAUCCUGGGGAGCCGCUCCACGGAUCCAGGUCGCCAUCGGAUACCACCUCAUUCCUAGACGGAGCUACCGUGGACUACGAGUGUGACCCUGGUUACGAGGUAAAGGGUGACAUCUUAGCUACAUGCAUGCUCAAUGGCAGAUGGGAUUCAGAAAGACCGGUGUGUGAAGCCGUUACUUGCCCAAAUUCGACUAUCGAAGUGCAAAACGCAGCGAACGUGACGGUUUCCUCCUACGCGUAUCGAGGGGUAGCUGUCUAUACUUGCUCCACGGGCUACGUACCCGAUGCCUCUCCUGUCAGUUACUGCCAGGUAGAUGGAACGUGGAGUAGUCCGAAUUUCACCUGCACUCUUGUGAUGGCGGUACCAACUAAGACCACAACCGAUGCCUUGGCAACUUCUCUUAAAACAGACGAGGCUUCACCGACUUUCGGUGAUUAUACUACUUCACCCUCUAAUGAUAUGACGUCACAAAUUUCAGAUUCAACAACAGUUUCCUCAACUAUGGAAGCUGUUACAACUUACACCUCGGAAGAUCCCAAGACCGAUUCGCCGACCACGUCUUCUGAGACUGACAAGAUGUCUUCACUUCCAGACUCCUCUACUGCACCUACCUCAAAGGAUUAUCCAGCUUCAUCUCCAAAAACUGACAAGAUUUCUUCAACUCCAGAAUCUUCUACUGCACCUACUGAAAAGGGGGAAAUCACCACCGAACCAUCUAAUGAGGACCCGCAGCCAAAUAUCGGUGCAAUUGUUGGAGGUGUUUCAGCAGCAGUCAUCGCCAUCAUCCUGCUGAUAUUGGCUGUUGCGUUAACCAAGAAAAGGAAAUCAAAUCGUGCGAAAGCUAGCGGGGCUCUUAUCCUGAGCGGCGAACCAGACAUGAAAGCGGAGAAAAACACUUACUACAUGAGCGAGCUUGAGUCUCCUGGGAUAGUAGAGGAAGUAGACUAUGCUGGCAUUAGAGAAGAUGCAACAGGAAGUGGACAAAUAAAUGGACACUAUGUCUCACAUGAGCAACCCGGAAGUGCUUCAUCAGGGUCAAUUCCAAACUAUGCGCAGGUCAAGAAAACUGAAAUGGUGGAAAACGAGUUGUACGGACAAAACUGGCGAUAGUGACGGGUGCUCCAGACGGAAGGCGUGUGUGUGUGUGUAUUUUAAUUUCGUCAGACGUGUAUCAGUCAGAUAUGAUUAUUUACGUCUGGGACCGACCUUUAACGUCACCAUUCGAAAGACGUGACCAGGGCCCGAACCUUGAACCUCCACAUCAAUUUUUAACUUCCCCACAUAGAUUGGAUUACAGGCGCACGCCCCAAUGCCCGGGCGGAAGGCAUCUUACAAGGACUUUUAAAACUUAUCUACCUUUCCGACUGAUACGAGUAUCGCCCCCUAUGAUGGUAUGGUUGAUAAUGAACGAUAUUUCCCUGCCACUCGCUGAAGAAACACAGUCUUUUAGGCAAAUAUGCACGUAAAAUAUGCAUUCCAGAAAUGAGCGUUUCCUUAGCAUGAAUAAAUAUGGCAGGAGACGCCAAUAUUAUUGUAUCUUUGACGCAUUUAAACUAUAUACAUAUUUUUAAAUAGAAAUUACCAAUUUUCUCAUGCUACAAGAAAAAUAUAAUGUUGUUCAAUAGAAUUUAGUUUUGGAGUGGACCGAUCGAGUCAUAGAACCUCGUUUGUGAUGUCAUAGUGCAAAUGAAUGUGCAUUUCCGAACGUCCGUUAUGAAAACAAUGUAAGAAGCUCAUGUAUUUCUUACCCCUUUAAUAAUUUUAGUUGUUCAAGGGACUUGAUUACUUACGUUACACAUAACAGAACCCCGGGGGCACUUACAUUGACAAGUGGAUACCAUGCGCAACAAAAAAAAAAUCAC